AGCUUAUAAGAGACCUGUGUCUCGUCACUGCUCGUUUAUUAAAUUAAUGACUUGACAGUGGCACACAUCUUAAGUGUUUGAAAUUGAAUUAAGUGUCUGUGCAAGAUGCCCACUUGUACUUCGGAAAGUUUAUCACGAGUGUGGCCAAGCAAUGAAAGCAUCCAUGCCGGCAGCAUCAGCAGUAGUUCAGGAAUCCAGAGUCCCAGCUCGCCUAAUUCCCUAUCCCCGAUUUCAACGUCACCGGAUAACACUUUAAGGAGAAGAAGGAUAAGACGUGCAGCGUCCGUGGGGACUGUUAUCCAGGAACCUUUCGUAAUACGAUCGGAUUGCCGAGAUUCCCGGAGUCAGAGUCCUGUCUUGGAUCAGAGUGAAGUAGAGGAUGAUUCUUUUUCCGUCCUCGCGGAUAUCAUCGGAUGGUACCCUUGUUUUCUAUUGAGGAUAGCUAAAGCUGUGGUUUUGGCCAUUUUGCCUCGGACUUGGAGACAACUGAUUUUUGCUCUGCCCAUGUUGUGGAUCUCAAUGUGGGUCUGGUUUUUCACGCAAUUAAUCAACUUACCAUUGAACAUUAUCAAACUGAUGCUCUCUAUAGUCUUAUCACCCAGUAGUGAAAGGACUAGGAAGAAACGUACAGUUUUGAUCAGUGGAGGAAGCACAAUUCAGGCUCUUCAUUUGGCCCGAAAUUUCUACUCGGCUGGUGCUCGAGUCGUAGUUUGUGAAAUUGACGGUUUAUUCGCCUUGACUCGCUUUUCAACCGCUGUGAGCCGAUUUUACACCGUCCCUAAACCCACAAGUGACCAACAACAAAACUACGUGAGGGCCCUUUGCGAAAUCGUGGAUAAGGAACAAGCAGUGUACUAUAUCCCCGUCAGUUCGACAACCUCAGCUUACUUCGAUGCGGUCGCUAAACCGCAUUUGGAACUCCUGGGAUGCACUUGUUUCUGUCCCGGGAUCAAAGAAGUCUGGGCUUUGGACGACACUUUGGAAGUCCUCAAACGAUGCCAAAAAUACUCAAUCCCAACUCCCACUUAUCACGCAAUCACGUCAAAAGACGACGUUUCUCAGUUGUACGACACGGGGGCUAUUCGGAUGGGGCGGUACGUUAUGACAACUGCCGGCCCAAGUGGCCUCCGCGAACGCUCAAAAAUCAUACUCCCGGUCUCGCGAACCGACUUGAAACUCCCAAAUGACAUAAGCGAGCAACGGCCUUGGGUGGUGGUCCAGGAUGUCGAAGGGGACCACUACUUGACUUGCACCACUGUCAAGCAAUCCCAAGUCAUCGCUAACGUGACUUGCCGCAUGGAUAAGACCAGCAACGGACUUGUUCCAAUUGAAAACAAGGAAAUCAACGCCUGGCUUACGAUUUUCUUUAGCAAAUUGAACCUUCUGAGACCCAUAACCGGUCAUGUCAGCUUCAGAUUCGUCAUUCCGAAAGACAGUACGACUAUUAUUCCCUUGAGUAGCCGCGUUGGGGUCUCACUGCCUUAUAUUUGUUACACUAAUGUCCACCCAAGACUGGUUUGGAAGCCUUGCAAACACUUCAGUCGGCAAAACUCUGGUCCUUUAGUCAGCGAAAAUGGCCGAUAUUGGAUGGGGGAGACCGUCAUGACGACGAUCAGAAACCCGAAUCUUGAAGCCGUGACUAGGUUGAUUGGGACUGUUAUUGAUAAAAGGGAAGCGCUGUUUGCCAUUUGGGACCCUUUGCCGUAUUGUGCCUACUAUCAUAUGUUAUUACCCUUCAAAAACAUGUUGGGGUUCAUGCAGAGGAGACAGGAUAGUUUUCCCAGGCCGAUGACUAAUCCGAUCCGUUAAUAUGUAGUUUCAUCUCAUUAGGAGAGAGAAAACAGCCUGAGUAUUUUGUGUGUAUGGACUGUGCAUUAUUUAUUAUGGUUGCAUUUAUUUAUAGAUAAUGUGCCAUUCGCUUGUAUUUUUUUUUAAUUUGUACAAAUAUUGUUACUGUAUAUAUUGUGUAUAUAUAGCUAGUAUGUUACAUUAACUCGAUAGGUACCACGUGGCUAGUGUAGUACCAAGUUUUGUAAUUUUGUGGUUUUUAUUUUAAUAAAAAUAUCAAAUGAAA